GCAUGGCAGCGGGCGUGGCGGCAUGGCUCCCCUUCGCCCGCGCGGCGGCCAUCGGUUGGAUGCCGGUGGCCAGCACCCCCAUGCCGGCGCCCCCGGCCGACAAGCGCGGCGGCGGCGGCGGCAAAGCCCAGGACGGGCUGCUGAUCCUCAACGUGAGCGGCAGCCGCUUCCAGACGUGGCGGACCACGCUGGAGCGCUACCCGGACACGCUGCUGGGCAGCAGCGAGAAGGACUUCUUCUUCCACGAGGAGAGCGGCGAGUACUUUUUCGACCGCGACCCGGACAUCUUCCGCCACAUCCUCAACUUCUACCGCACGGGCAAACUGCACUACCCGCGCCAGGAGUGCAUCUCGGCCUACGACGAGGAGCUGGCCUUCUUCGGGAUCAUCCCGGAGAUCAUCGGGGACUGCUGCUACGAGGAGUACAAGGACCGGCGGCGCGAGAACGCCGAGCGGCUGCAGGACGACGAGGAGAUGGACGCCGCCGGCGCCGAGGCGGCGCCCGUCAACCUGACGGCCCGGGAGUACCUGUGGCGCGCCUUUGAGAACCCGCACACCAGCACGCUGGCGCUGGUCUUCUACUACGUGACGGGCUUCUUCAUCGCCGUCUCGGUCAUGGCCAACGUGGCCGAGACGGUGCCGUGCGGCGCGCCGGCCGAGCGCGCCCGCGAGGUGUCGUGCGGCGACCGCUACGCGCUGGCCUUUUUUUGCCUGGACACGGCCUGCGUCAUGAUCUUCACCGUCGAGUACCUGCUGCGGCUGAUGGCCGCUCCCAGCCGCUUCAAGUUCAUGAAGAGCGUGAUGAGCGUCAUCGACGUGGUGGCCAUCAUGCCCUACUACAUCGGCCUGGUCAUGACCGACAACGACCAGGUGAGCGGCGCCUUCGUCACGCUGCGCGUCUUCCGGGUCUUCCGGAUUUUCAAGUUCUCGCGCCACUCGGCCGGCCUGCGCAUCCUGGGCUACACGUUGAAGAGCUGCGCCUCCGAGCUGGGCUUCCUGCUCUUCUCGCUCACCAUGGCCAUCAUCAUCUUCGCCACCGUCAUGUUUUACGCCGAGAAGGGCUCCGCCGCCAGCAAGUUCACCAGCAUCCCUGCCGCCUUCUGGUACACCAUCGUCACCAUGACCACGCUGGGGUACGGCGACAUGGUGCCCAAAACCAUCGUGGGGAAGGUGUUUGGCUCCAUCUGCUCGCUGAGCGGGGUGCUGGUCAUCGCCUUGCCCGUGCCCGUCAUCGUGUCCAACUUCAGCCGCAUCUACCACCAGAGCCAGAGGGCCGAGAAGCGACGGGCCCAGAGGGCCUCCAAGGAGGCCGGACAAGCCCUGGUGGGGAAGUCUUCCUCUGGACCGCCCUUUGAGAGCCAACACCAUCACCUGCUGCACUGCCUGGAGAAGACCACGAACCACGAGUUUGUGGACGAGCAGACCUUCCAGGCCAACUGCACUGAGAUCUCGGUGAUGAAAAAGUCGGGCUCCCGCGAGUCCUCGCUGUCGUCGUCGCCGGCGGCGGCGCACGGACUGGGCUCGUGCUGCUCGCGGCGCCACAGGAAGAAGAACAGCUUGGGCCUGCCGAGCGCAAAGAACCAGGAGUUGAGCACCAUCCAGAUCCCGGAGAGGCCCGCCGCCAACAGCCGCUCCGGCCUCAACGCCAAAGCGGACGAGACGGCGCCCCUGAAAUGCGAGCAGGCUUACGUCAGCCCCUGCAUGGUGGGCCUGGCCGCCCCGCUGGCGACCGACGCCGACGGCUCGUCCGGCGCCGCCUCGCCGUACUCGCACAGCAACAUUGUGCGAGUAUCGGCCUUGUAGAC